CGGAGUGGAAGAUCAGUCUACAACCACCUGUCCCAGAAGAUGGAAGUACUCCUAAUCUAAUUGCACUCUAUAUUUUUUUCCUAAGUUUACAAUAAAAUCGUUCAGAUAUUUUUCAUGCCUAAUCGAUAAUUGAAGAAGAAGAAGAAUGGAUCGGAUCAAACGAAAAAAACGAAAGAAGACUGAAAAAAAGAAAGUGCUGCUCUCCAUCGCAGAUCCAUGGGACGACAAAGUAGCUAGUGUCAAUCCGAUUGGACUAGCCGAAAGACGAGGUGUCUCUCUUUCGAUAUUACCCUCUCAUUCUCAGGAUAUGAAUUUUCUUCAAGAUUGGCCAAUCGUAAGUGGGUCAAUGAGAACACCUUCACCUUGGUAUAAACCCUCUGCUAAAUCUAACACCGAUAUUGGUACGCAAAUACGAAGUGAGAGAGAUUCAAAUUUUUGGAAUUCUCAUGAGAGGAUAUCGAUUGAGAGGAUAGGAAGAUCUUUAGAAAAUCAAGGAAAUAUAUCGAAUAGAUCGGAAUCGAUCGAAAGCAAGGCACGAACUGGUGGGUUCGAGCGUUUGCCGUUGAGCGCUCGGGACGACAAUAGAUUAAUCAACGGGAAGCAGGAAAUUAGCUGCUAUGACUGUUAUGACAACGACGACGACGACGACGGUGAUGGUGACGACGUUACAUCGGGAGUGCGAGUGCGUUUUGAGAAGGAGAGGUCGCGAAGUCGUUUCGUUGGAGUGCGAUCUCGUCAUUCGGAGUAUACGAGUGUUAACGGGUCACAAAGUAUAGAUCAUGAAAAAUCAAUUGUUGAGCCGGAAUUUUCUUCGAUAAAAUUACAAUAUAAAGAAGGAAAUGAUCGGGAUGUAGAAAAAGAAAAUCAAAGAUCGUCUAGGAACAUUGAACAAAGCGAAACGGAGAUCGUUCAUCGUUUGGUUGAAUCAAGAUACAAUUUAAAGACUGCUGUGGAAAGACGAGCGAAUAGAACAACGUCAUGUCGUCGAGAUCGGUUGUCCUUGAUUUCCAGAGAGAUCACUCUCGUAGAUAGUACGAAUGCGAAGGAAAUCGAUGGAACAACGGAGACGAGUUUCAGACCGAAUGAAAAUUUUGUACAAUUAACAAACACAUUUAACGAUUCUACGAAGGAAGAUAAUAUUUCGCAAAAAACGGGAAUAUCUGCAGCAAGAAUUAGAAAAACGAGUAUAUCGAUGCCGAGCAAAUUGGACGAGAUGGAUGAUCUUCGUAUAGAUGAUCGAAAGGGUACUGCAUCAAAAUUUACAAGAGCCGAGAGUGACAGUAGCAGUGUGACUUUCAGCAACAGUUGCUCGACACCAAAUGGAAGCUCUCUCGGUUCUGAAACGGAAGAGGAAGCCAAUGACGAGGAAUUAGCAAAAAUACCAUUGCAAGCACCUCCAAGAAGAAAGAGCAGAGCUGCAUCACCAUCUAUGUCACAAAAGCUUGGUAACGAACCCAUAGAUCUCCCAGGUGGAGCACAAAGUACCAAUUCGACAAUUACCAGUGUUAAUAGUAUAAGCAGCUUGCUCAAAGAAAAACUUCAAUUAUCAAUUCCACAAGCUUUACGAAGUAGUAAAAAACGACAAAAUGCGGACUACAGACUCCGAUCGUUCGUUGGAAUAUUAUUUCUAUGUGUGGUCUUCCUCGUGGGAUUUGCCCACAUUUAUUACACGCAACAUGUUCUACAAAGAGCAUACUUUGACAAGUUCAGAUUCAAUAAGAACGAACGAGUGAUGCACGUGUACAGUAGUACCGGUUCAGAAAUUAUUGCUGCUCGAUUGGGAGAAGGUAUACCAGCUAAUACAGGAGUCUUUCCUUGUCUACCGCAUCAUCAACGACAAGAUUCGGUCUGUCUUGAGUGGCUACAACAAACGCGUCUUUAUUUAGCUCAUACAAAACGCGAGGACAUGCAUUGUUAUCAUGUCACUUGGCAGAGUUUGAGUCCUUAUUAUAAUCCAAAAGAUUGUUUUGAUUGGUCGAUGAAAAGAGGACAUUGGUAUGGUGCAGGACAGAUUCAAAGUAUGCCAUAUCCUUUGGAACGUGGCCGAUUAGAUCUGAGCCCUUUCAUAACCGGUGAUAUCAGGAAACAUUCUUUCGGUAACGUUUUGAAGAGAUAUUUUCUCAACUCGAAAGGAGCCACCAUUUUAAUAGAUCCCGAAACGCCUCUUUAUGUUUCCAUCAGAGCCAAUCGUAGUAAUGACUUUUGUCUCCAGGCCAAGCACGAUGCUUUUGCCUAUAUCAAUCAUCUAACGCCAAUGCCACAAUUAAAUUAUACCAUUUGUGCUACCGACAACAUGAAGAACCUUCACUCGUCCAUGGCAGAGAAAUCUUUAUGGGAUGGAUUGAAACCAGAUGAGUUGCAUGCCGUUCAUUCUCUUCUUUCCGAACCAGUUUGGCAAAUUUCACCGACCAACGAAGCCGCAAUUUAUAAUUAUACCGAAGACGUCAUAGCUUUGGGCUUUUUACGUCAAGGUCAUGUAUUAUUGAGCGAGGAAUGGCAACCCAGUCCAGGUGACUUCGUUUUAGACGAAGAUCGUUUUCCAUCGAUGGAAGAAACUAUUAAUAUCAUUCAUCGGCGUGGUUUCCGAAUCGUUUUUAGUAUUCAACCAUUUAUAUCUACGGAGUCGAUAAACUUUAAGGAUGCUGUGGCUAACAGGCUCUUGAUCUCGGAAAGAGGCAGCGAUCCAAGGAUUCCAGCUUUGACCAGAUAUAAGCAGAGCAACAGCGCUGGUGUUUUGGAUAUUACUAAUAACAAAACUUUACCAUGGCUUCAAGCAAAAUUAGAAAGUUUAAUUACGAAGUAUCACGUUGAUUCCUUCUACCUUGAUCUAGGCACCGCACAAGACAUGCCGCAUUAUUAUAAAUGCGAGCAAGCUUUAACAAAUCCCGAUCAUUAUAAAACGAUUUUCACUAAAUCGAUUUUAGGAUUAAUUCCAGUGAUCGGUGUCUCUAGUGCUAUAUCUAGGCCCAGGGCACCGGUCUUCGUAUCUCUACCACCUUUUUCUUCCUCUUGGAAGGCUAUCAAAACUGUGAUACCAACCGUUCUGAGUUAUGGAAUGAUCGGUUAUCCGUUUAUAAUGCCAGGUGCUGUAGGUGGUGAUGUAGCUUUACCUAUGUCUGACGAUAACCCUGACAAUGAUUUUGAGGUCAAUCUCCCAGACAAAGAACUAUACGUUAGAUGGCUCCAAUUGUCUACCUUCUUACCUGUUAUACGUUUCACACAUUUACCCAGCAAAUAUUCUGAUGAUUCGGUUUUAGAAAUAGCGAAGAGGUUAACGACAUUGAGACAAAAAACGGUGACGCCGUUAUUAAAAAAAUAUGCGAAUGAAACUUUAGACACAGGCUUGCCGAUUAUUAGACCUCUUUGGAUGUUGGAUCCAGCUGAUACAGCUUGUCACGUAGUUGUUGAUGAAUUUUCCGUAGGUGAAGAAUUGAUCGUAGCACCUAUACUCUAUUCGGGUAGUAGACAGAGAGAAGUGUAUCUACCUGCUGGUGUUUGGAGAGAUGGUAUAGAUGGUAGUCUUAGAAAGGGAUCGAGAUGGAUUCAUAAUUACAGAGUAGCUGAAGAUAAAGUGGCCUAUUUCGUUAAGAUGCCGGAUAAUACCAGGUUCUAAAAUCGAUUCAGAUCGAUUCCAAAAAAUUAUCAUUACUGCAUUGUCCGAAAUAUGAAUGAAGUUAUUGUAAAUCGAUUGAUAUUUAAUAAACAUAAUAAAUCGUUUUCCGUUUUUA